UGACAACCCACCGCAGAAUGACCAGCAGCCUGCACCCUCCAAGAAGCGCAAGACGUAUCAAGGAGAUGUACCGCCCAGUGGAAAAGUUCUGGACGAGGGCAAGUUUGUACUCACUGAACCAUCGGCAACUCAGUGCAAAAGUGCUCGGUGGGCGAACUUCUCCAAGAUUCUGUGCCGCACUACAGGAGAUGAAGUUAGCUGUGUUGCUUGCUGCAACACAUGCAAAGUUGUGGUGCCGCGCCCAGACGGGACCACAGCAGCUAUGCGUACUCACGUAUGCAAACGUGCUGAGAAUCAAACAAGAAUCACUCACUUCAUACCCACUGCCGAUGUUUCCGACGAGCAGAAAAGGUCAAUCCGAGAGGCAGCGUUGGUACUCUUGAGUGAAAUCGGUAUCUCAUAUCUGUCGUUCGAGAGCCCGGCCAUGAUUAAUUUUGUUCGUGUAAUAUCUUCCGUUGGUGCCAAGCUCGGGUCGCCUCUGGACGCGCAGCGAGUUCUUCCCUCUGAGACUACCCUGAGACGCGAUAUGGUGAAGCUUGCACAGAGCAGACAGCAAGACUUGAAAAUAAUGAUCUCCAAACAGAGAAGGCCACUACAG